AUGCACUCGCCAGGCUCCUCCUCGUCUCCUUGCUUUGACUUUCCCACCUCCCAAAGCCUGUCAUCCUCUGUGUGGGUGAAGAAAACUCCUCUCCCGGGAGGGCUGCGGGGUGCCAUGGGCACGGGGCACUCCAAGAGCGAGCGGCGAAGGAGCGCGGGUCUCCUGAGGAAAGGUCCCAAGCUGCCCGCCUGGGAGGAUGCUCUUCUCUCUGGGAAGGAGCCCAGGGCGCUGCUGAAGAGAGGGCUGCGUUAUGUCAGCCUGAGCCUCAUCAUGAAAGGCAUGACCAGCACCCCCGACUUCUUGUGGGGGCUGCCCGAGGUGCAGAAACUGAACCUCUCCCGCAACCAGCUGGUGGCGAUUCCUCCUUCCCUGGGCAAACUGGACAGGCUGGUGGUGCUGAACCUAGGGGGCAACCGCCUCAAGGGGCUGCCCAAAGAGAUCGGGCUGCUGAGGAACCUGAAGGUCUUGUUCCUCAACAUGAACUGCCUGACAGAAGUGCCUGCGGAGCUCGGCCUCUGCAGGAAGCUGGAGGUGUUGAGCCUCUCGCACAACGGCAUCUCCCAGCUGCCUUUGAGCUUCACCGACCUGACCCACCUGAAGAAGCUGAACCUCAGCAACAACCGCCUGGUGCAGAUCCCCCUCUGCGUCUACGCGCUGAGGAGCUUGGACUUCCUCCACUUGGGCUCCAACAGGCUGGAGAACAUCGCCGAGAGCAUCCAGUACCUGGUCAACCUGCAGAUCUUCAUCGCGGAGAACAACAUCCUACGCAACCUGCCGAGGUCUCUCUGCUCCCUCACCACCCUGGAGCUGCUGAACGUGGACUACAACGCCCUGCAGAGCCUCCCGGAGGAGCUCUACCUGCUGAGGCGCCUGCCGCGCAUCGCCUGGAACCCCAUGGACAAAGGUCUCCAUGUUGCCCACAACCCCUUGGCCCGGCCCCUGCCCCAACUGGUCGAGGGAGGGCUGGAUGUCCUCUUCAACUACCUCAGGGAGAGGAAGGAGAACCACUGA